AUGCUGCUUUGGAUUCUGUUGCUGGAGACGUCUCUUUGUUUUGCCGCUGGAAACGUUACAGGGGACGUUUGCAAAGAGAAGAUCUGUUCCUGCAAUGAGAUAGAAGGGGACUUACACGUAGACUGUGAAAAAAAGGGCUUUACAAGUCUGCAGCGUUUCACCGCCCCGACUUCCCAGUUUUACCAUCUAUUUCUGCAUGGCAAUUCCCUCACUCGACUUUUCCCUAAUGAGUUCGCUAACUUUUAUAAUGCAGUUAGUUUGCACAUGGAAAACAAUGGCUUGCAUGAAAUUGUUCCGGGGGCUUUUCUGGGGCUGCAGCUGGUGAAAAGGCUGCACAUUAACAACAACAAGAUUAAGUCUUUUCGAAAGCAGACUUUUCUGGGGCUGGACGAUCUGGAAUACCUUCAGGCAGAUUUUAAUUUAUUACGGGAUAUAGACCCGGGGGCCUUCCAAGACUUGAACAAGCUGGAGGUACUCAUUUUAAAUGACAAUCUCAUCAGCACCCUACCUGCCAAUGUGUUCCAGUAUGUUCCCAUCACCCACCUCGACCUCCGGGGAAACAGACUGAAAACGUUGCCCUAUGAGGAGGUCUUGGAGCAAAUCCCCGGCAUUGCCGAGAUCUUGCUAGAGGAUAACCCUUGGGACUGCACCUGUGAUCUGCUCUCCCUGAAAGAAUGGCUCGAAAACAUUCCCAAGAAUGCUCUUAUCGGCCGAGUGGUCUGCGAAGCCCCCACCAGACUGCAGGGUAAAGACCUAAAUGAGACCACCGAACAAGACUUGUGCCCGUUGAAAAACCGAGUGGAUUCUAGUCUCCCGGCGCCCCCUGCCCAAGAAGAGACCUUGGCUCCUGGCCCCCUGCCAACUCCUUUCAAGACAAAUGGGCAAGAGGAUCGUGUCACUCCAGGGUCUGCUCCAAACGGAGGUACAAAGAUACCAGGUAACUGGCAGAUCAAAAUUAGACCCACGAUGGCGAUAGCGACCGGUGGUUCCAGAAACAAACCCCCAGCCAGCGGCUUGCCCUGCCCUGGGGGCUGCAGCUGCGACCACAUCCCAGGGUCGGGGUUAAAGAUGAACUGCAACAACCGGAACGUGAGCAGCUUGGCUGAUCUGAAGCCCAAGCUGUCCAACGUGCAGGAGCUUUUUCUGCGAGAUAACAAGAUCCAUAGCAUCCGAAAAUCGCACUUUGUGGAUUAUAAGAACCUCAUUCUGUUGGAUCUGGGCAACAAUAAUAUCGCCACCAUGGAGAACAAUACUUUUAAGAACCUCUUGGACCUUAGGUGGCUGUACAUGGAUAGCAACUACCUGGACACGCUGUCCCGGGAGAAAUUCGCCGGGCUGCAGAACCUGGAGUACCUGAACGUGGAGUACAACGCGAUCCAGCUCAUCGUCCCCGGCACGUUCAAUGCCAUGCCCAAACUGAGGAUCCUCAUCCUCAACAACAACUUGCUGAGGUCCCUACCCGUGCACGUGUUUGCUGGGGUCUCGCUCUCUAAACUCAGCCUGCACAACAAUUACUUCAUGUACCUGCCGGUGGCAGGAGUGCUGGAUCAGUUAACCUCCAUCAUCCAGAUAGAUCUGCACGGAAACCCCUGGGAGUGCUCCUGCACCAUUGUGCCUUUCAAGCAAUGGGCAGAACGCCUGGGUUCCGAAGUGCUGAUGAGCGACCUCAAGUGUGAGACUCCGGUGCACUUCUUUAGGAAGGAUUUCAUGCUCCUCUCCAACGACGAGAUCUGCCCCCAGCUGUACGCUAGGAUCCCGCCCACGUUAACUUCGCACAGUAAAAACAGUACUGGGUUGGCGGAGACCGGGACGCACUCCAACUCCUACCUAGACACCAGCAGGGUGUCCAUCUCCGUGUUGGUCCCGGGACUGCUGUUGGUGUUCGUCACCUCCGCCUUCACCGUGGUGGGCAUGCUGGUGUUUAUCCUGAGGAACCGAAAGCGGUCCAAGAGAAGGGAUGCCAACUCCUCGGCGUCCGAAAUUAAUUCCCUACAGACAGUCUGUGACUCUUCCUACUGGCACAAUGGGCCUUACAACGCAGAUGGGGCCCACAGAGUGUACGACUGUGGCUCUCACUCGCUCUCAGACUAA